UUUUUUUUUUUCGCUUCACGUACUAUGCCUUCGCCUCGAGUAGAAAUUCACUACUGCACACAAUGCCGGUGGCUACUGCGCGCGGGCUGGACAGCGCAGGAACUCCUGACAACGUUUGGUGACGCGCUGGGUGAAGUGGCGCUGGUCCCGCAGAAGGGCGGUGUUUUCGCUGUGUAUGUUGACGGCGAGCAAGUGUUUGACCGCAAGACCGAGGGGCGUUUCCCUGAAAUGAAGGAGGUUAAGCAGCUUGUGCGCAACAAGAUCGCACCAAACAUGAGUCUCGGACACAGCGACUCGGCAGUGAAGAGCCAGGCGAUCAAGAAACCAGCCGCAGAUGUACAGCCAACUGGUGAUGCAAGCCAGGAAGGCGACUCGUGCCCGAACUACUAGACCGGUGCUGGCAUUUAGAGAAAAGUCAACUCUACAUUAAAUGAAGAAAAACAAGAAUAUUAUGA